UAGCCAACGUCAGUUGCCCGGGAAUUCAGAGAUGUGCAUAAUUUUGGCGACCCAAAACAUUCCUGAAAACUUUAAUCGCACAACUCAUUUCCACACAAUUUCUCUCUCCUACUCUCCCGCCUUCGCUACUCGCUACUCCAUAGCGAAUCAACAGUUCAACACUAACUGCUGCAACUGAGGUUGCGGUAUAGUGUUGUUGCUGAAAUCAUGCAUAUAUUGCAGGUUAUUAUUGCGGGUUUUAAGAGUUAUAAAGAACAAGUUGCCACUGAAGAGUUCAGUUCAAAGGUCAAUUGUGUGGUUGGUGCUAAUGGUUCUGGCAAGUCAAACUUUUUUCAUGCAAUCCGUUUCGUCCUCAGCGAUCUUUUCCAAAAUCUUCGCAGCGAGGAUAGGCAUGCAUUACUCCAUGAAGGAGCAGGGAAUCAAGUUUUGUCUGCAUUUGUGGAGAUCGUGUUUGAUAAUUCAGACAAUCGAAUCCCGGUUGAUAAAGCAAAAGUUCACUUGCGACGCAUAAUUGGGCUAAAAAAGGAUGAAUAUAAUUUGGAUGGGAAGCAUAUCACGAAAACCGAGGUCAUGAACCUUCUUGAAAGUGCUGGAUUUUCUCGCUCAAAUCCUUACUAUGUGGUACAGCAAGGAAAGAUUGCAUCAUUGACACUUAUGAAGGAUGCAGAACGACUAGAUCUGCUCAAAGAAAUUGGAGGUACGCGUGUUUAUGAGGAGAGGCGGCGUGAAAGUUUGAAAAUCAUGCAUGAAACUGGCAAUAAACGAAAACAGAUAAUCGAAGUAGUUAAAUACUUGGAUGAGCGGUUGAAGGAGCUGGAUGAGGAGAAGGAGGAUUUGAGAAAAUAUCAGCAGCUUGACAGGCAGAGAAAAUCCCUGGAGUACACCAUCUAUGAUAAGGAACUUCAGGAUGCUCGACAGAAGUUAGCUAAGGUCGAAGAAGAGCGGGACAAGGUUUCCGAGAAGUCGACUACAAUGUACAACGCUAUUCUGGAGUCUGAAGAGCGAUGCAAGGACUUGGACAAGGAUUCCAAAAGGCUUUCCAAAGAACUUCAAGUGCUGACCAAAGAGAAAGUGGCAGUUGAGAAUCGUCGUACAGAAGCGAUAAAGAGGAAGACACAGCUUGAGCUUGAUUGCAGAGAUUUGAAAGAGAGAAUUUCCAGAAGUUCACGUGCCAAGAAUGGUGCUGCCAAACAGCUUGAGGUUGUGAAGCGGGAAAUCUUGGAGUCAACGAAUGAGAUUGAAGUGAUUAAGCCUUCGUUUAAUGCUUUAAAGAUGCAGGAGAAUGAGAUGACAAUAGGAAUAAUGGAGCGUGAAAAGAAGUUGAGUAUUCUUUAUCAGAAGCAAGGUCGCGCCAUUCAGUUCCGUGAUAAAACUGAUCGUGAUAAAUGGCUUCAAAAGGAAAUUGAUGAACUUCAGCUGGUUCUUACUUCAAACCUGUCGCAGAAAAUGAAGCUCCAGGGUGAAUUCGAUAACCUUAAUGCUCAGCUCAGGGAUAUCGAUGAUUUUAUUAAAUCCCGAAAAGCUAAUUUGGCAGCACUUGAAAACAACAUCAACCAGUCUAACGAUGGGUUUAUCACUUCCAAGGGACAAAGAGACCGACUUCAAGAUGAACGGAAGUUGUUAUGGGAAAGAGAAAAUGAGCUGUCGUCUGAAGUUGAAAAAUUAACGUCAGAAGUGGUAAAAGCAGAAAAGAACCUUGACCAUGCCACUCCUGGUGAUAUUAGGAGAGGACUAACUUCUGUUAGGAGAAUAUGUGACCAAUACAAGAUUGAGGGUGUAUUUGGAUCACUUAUUGAGUUAUUGGAAUGUGAUGACAGGUUUUUUACUGCAGUUGAAGUUACUGCUGGAAACAGCUUAUUCCAUGUGGUGGUUGAUUCAGAUGAAACCGCUACUAAGAUUAUCAGGCAUCUAAAUGCAUCCAAGGGUGGACGAGUGACAUUUAUACCUUUGAACAAGGUCAGGCCUCCACAUGUCACCUGUCCUCAAAAUGAUGAUGUAGUGCCUUUGGUCAAGAAACUUAAAUUUCAAGAAAGCUUUUCUAAAGCCUUUUCACAGGUCUUUGGAAGAACCGUGGUCUGUCGAAAUCUGGAUGUAGCUUCAAGAGUUGCUCGUAAUGAUGGCUUUGAUUGCAUUACUCUGGAAGGUGACCAAGUAAGCAAGAAAGGUGGGAUGACUGGAGGAUUUUAUGAUUAUAGGCGUUCGAAAUUGAAGUUUAUGAAUAUAAUUAAGCAGAAUACGAGGGUUAUUAAUAUGAAGAAGAAAGAACUGGAAGAAGUUAAGCUCCAACUUCAAGAUAUUGACCAGAAAAUUACUGAGAAAAUUACAGACCAGCAAAAACUAGAUGCUGACCGUGCUCAUCAUAGAUCAGAAGUGGAGCAGCUUCGUCAGGAUAUUGCAGAUGCUACCAGACAAAAGAGAUCUACAUCCGCCGCUCUGGAAAAAAAGGAAAAAUUGCUUUCGAAUGUAGGCACGCAGAUUGAGCAACUUAAUGCCAAUAUAGCCUUGAAACGGGCAGAGAUGGGUACAGACCUUGUUGAUCAAUUGAGUCCAGAGGAGAAAGACCUUCUGUCUCGAUUGAACCCUGAGAUCAAGGAUAUGAAGGAUAAGCUCAUAGAAUGCAGGGCAAAGCUUGAAGAGAUUGAAGCAAAAAAAUUGGAGCUUGAAACCAAUCUCUCCACAAAUCUGUUGCGCCGCCAACAGGAGUUGGUGGAUGUUAUAUCAUCUGCGGAGAAUGAAAUGUCAUCUGCUGAGACUGAGUCAAUUCAGAGGGAAAUGGACGAGGCUAAAUCUUUAGUGGAUGAGGCAAUAGGGGAGCUCAGAAGAGUAUCUGUGUCAAUGGACAGUUUAACGAAGAAACUCAAGGAAAUUAAAAUUGAAGAUGAUAAGUUGCAGAAAUUACGUGUAGACUAUGAGAAACAGCUUCAGAAGGAAGCAGAAGAGCUGGAGCAGUUAAUAAGUAACAAGAAUAUGCUCCUUGCUAGGCAGGAGGAAUACUCGAAGAAAAUCAGAGACUUGGGUCCAUUAUCAUCCGAUGCUUUUGACACGUACAGAAGGAAAGGUACAAAAGAAUUGCAUAAGAUGCUUCACAAGUGUAAUGAACAACUCCAACAGUUUAGCCAUGUGAACAAAAAAGCUUUAGAUCAAUACGUAAAUUUUACGGAGCAACGAGAAGAGCUCCAGAAAAGGCAAGCUGAACUGGAUGCUGGUGAUGAGAAAAUUAAGGAACUAAUAGAAGUUCUGGAUCAACGAAAAGAUGAGUCAAUAGAGCGUACUUUCAAGGGUGUUGCCAGGAAUUUCCGAGAGGUAUUCUCUGAACUUGUGCAAGGAGGUCACGGAUUCUUGGUUAUGAUGAAAAAAAAGGAUGGAGACAAUGGCGAUGAUGAUCUGGAUGACGACGUGCCUCGUACAGCAGAUACUGAGGGAAGGGUUGAGAAGUAUAUUGGAGUGAAAGUCAAGGUAUCAUUUACUGGGCAAGGGGAGACACAGUCUAUGAAGCAAUUAUCUGGGGGUCAGAAAACUGUUGUAGCACUGGCAUUGAUCUUUGCCAUACAGCGAUGUGAUCCAGCUCCAUUUUAUCUCUUUGAUGAAAUAGAUGCAGCACUAGAUCCUCAGUACAGAACAGCUGUUGGAAAUAUGAUCCGUAGGUUGGCCGACCAAGCAAAUACGCAAUUCAUAACCACAACAUUUCGACCAGAGCUUGUGAAAGUUGCUGACAAGAUUUAUGGAGUGACACACCAUAAACGUGUGAGUCGGGUCAAUGUUAUCUCUAAAGAUGAUGCUUUACAGUUCAUUGAGCGAGACCAGACUCACAAUGCUGAUCAUUGAGGAGGGAUCAAUCAUGCUGAAUUCUCCUGUUUUGGGAUGCUCUAUGCUGGGAACCGUGAACUGAAACACCUUGAACUGAAUAUGUACAUUGGUGGAUAGUGUUUAGAUCAGUAGUCUUUGUUGUACAUAGAUGGUAGUAGGAUAGAUAAUUUAACGUUCCGACUCCUGUUUAAGUAUUGAUUAUGAUAUAUAAUGGUGCACAAAUUCCAUCAGUCUUUCUUGUCAUUGGAUCUUUUACUAAGUGAUCUGAUCUCGUUGAUCAACUGUCAUUGUUGAACCAAAUCUAAAUUUAAAAAGUACUUUCCA